CCGCAGCCCCAGAGAAUGAAUGAAAUUGAAAUAGCUGCUACAUUACAUGUACAAUACCGGGCUCUGCAGUGUUGCAUUCUGUCAUACUAUAUCAAAAUGGCCACAGCGGUACAGAACCCCCUCAAAUCGCAAUCUGGAGGUGCAGUCAUCAAGAACAGUCUUGGCGAGGAGUUCUAUAAGGAGGCCAUUGAACACUGUCGCAGCUACAAUGCCCGUCUGUGUGCCGAGCGCUCCAUGCGUCUCCCCUUCUUGGACUCCCAGACCGGCGUGGCCCAGAGCAACUGCUACAUCUGGAUGGAGAAGAACCACCGUGGACCAGGUCAUGCUCCAGGUCAGUUGUACACAUAUCCUGCUCGCUGCUGGCGCAAGAAAAGACGGCUAAACAUUCUGGAGGACCCACGGCUUGUACCGAUUGAGUUUAAGAUCGACUACGAGGCUUCUCUAAAGAAGGAGGGGGGUAUUCCAGAUGGUCCUGUGUUGGAAUCGCUGCUCGCCGGGGAAACCCUGGACAAGAAGGUAGAAACCAAGGAGGAGGAGCCAAUGAGCGAGUGUCAGAAGCUGCUGGUCGGGGAUUUCCCUCAUGAACUGGAGGUGGACGAGAUGGAGGAAGACGUACCAAAGCGCAAGAACCGUACCAAAGCACGGGCCUACGGUGUCGGGGGCAUGAGAAAGAGACAAGAGCCAGCUGCUAUUGAGGACAGAGACAAGCCUUACGUCUGUGACAUCUGUGGAAAGCGCUAUAAGAACCGCCCGGGGCUGAGUUACCAUUACACUCACACACACCUGGCAGAUGAAGAGGGAGAAGAAGACUCAGAGCGACACACACUACCCUUCCAGCGCAAGAACAACCAUAAGCCUAAAAAAGCACCAGACGGUUCAGUGAUCGCCAACGGCUACUGCGACUUCUGCCUCGGAGGCUCAAAGAAAACUGGCUGUCCUGAAGACCUUAUCUCCUGUGCGGACUGUGGACGCUCAGGCCACCCGUCCUGUCUGCAGUUCACAGUGAACAUGACGGCUGCGGUGAGGACUUAUCGCUGGCAGUGCAUCGAGUGCAAGUCCUGCAGUCUGUGUGGCACCUCUGAGAAUGACGACCAGCUGUUGUUCUGUGAUGAUUGUGAUAGAGGCUAUCACAUGUACUGUCUGAGCCCUCCCAUGUCUGAACCACCAGAGGGGAGCUGGAGCUGUCAUCUGUGUCUGAGACAACUGAAGGAGAAGGCCUCAGCCUACAUCACCCUCACUUAAUCUGUGGAGCUGCACCUCAUCCUCUUGGCCCUUCAUCCUCUUCCAAACCACUUCUUCGUCACCCCUCUCUGUGCCUCAGCUGCCCCCCUCCUCUUCUGAUUCAGCCGCCAAUUCCUGUACAAUCCGUCCUUGUGACCUUUGACACGACUGACCACACAGCAUCCACAGAGCUGCACCCAUUCUUGAACGUCUCUCCAGCAGCAAACCAACCUCCGUGCUUUUUUGUGACUCACAUUCCCUGAUGCUUGACCUGAACCCCAACACCUUUUCCUGCUUUGUUUCAACAGAGGAAUCCAUCUGCUGGCAAUAUGUUUGCUAGCAAGACACACACUCCAGCCUGCCAAGGGCACUUCAGAGGCAUACUACUCCACAGGAACCCUCUUAAGGGCCCUCGGAAGACCCCUAAUGAUCUUCAGCUGCAACUCAGUCAAGUAGUGAGUGAGAAUUAAUAAGAUGGAUAGGUGCCGAGGACAGGGUUUGGAAGACCCUGGAUAAUCAUGGAACACUAGGUUUCAAUGUUAGCCAACUGUGAAAUAUACACCUAACCAAAAUUUCAUUUUCGCCCUCUGUCCUUUACCCUGUACAGCAGAGCUGGGAUGUUGAACUCUGCUCCACUAUUUGUCUGCAGGGCUCGCUGCCCUGUGCAGUUUCAAAGGGGAGUAAAUUGUACAGAAUUCAGUUAUCUACGCACUCUUCGAAACCCCCCUUACUGGCAAACAAUGAAAGUUUGGUCAGGAACUCAGACCAUCUUUGACCUCACUUCAUCCUCUCUCCUUGCAUGGAGUUUUCACAAAAUAACGAUGCAUUUUGAUUUUGACACUGAAGGUUUUAGUGUUCGGAUGUGAUCCUCAGAUGAGAGGAGAGAUGGAUUUUUCUCUACUCAGCUAUCUCUGAUCAAACAGUGUAAUAAAAACUGUCAAUUUAGCCUUUGCAUCUCUCACAAAUCCUUUACCCAACCUUUUAAUCACCCUUCCCUUCUAUGAAACAAUGACUGUGAAGCCAAUGUGAGACUGAAAUGCUCCUGGUGCUUGGUGUGUAUUAUUCUGUGUUAAGAAUGUAGGAUUGAUGUGUGGACAAUGCAGAACUUUGUCUGGCCCAUAUGCCGAGGCCAAAAAACGUAUUUUUUAUGAUUUGUUUUUUUCAUUUUUUUUUUUUUCAUUUGCAUGUUAUUUUAAUUGUUUCAAAGACUUUUAAUUGAAAUUGAAAAGAAAGCACACUUAAUUCGCAAUAAUGUGUUUGUGAUAUGAACUAUUUUGGCUCAACUGGGUGUGUUUUAAACUCUGUGUGUGCGCCUGUGUGUGUGUUUGUGUGAGUUUAUCUGAGCACUACAGUAAUUGUAGCCAGCUCCAUGCUAGGUGGUUUCGUUAGAGGAUUUGAAUAGCAUGAAGGUAAUGUGAAUGUAAGGAAAUUAAGCAUUUUCCUGUUCAAAGGUGGUUACAAGUCUCAAGUUUGGCACUGAAGUCCUGAGACCUAUUUUAACAUUUUGGGCAAUAGAAAUCAAAGUGUAAAAAAUACAAGUUGGUUUUCUGGCGAGUUAUGUGCCAGUCUAUUUCUUGGAAGAAAGUCACUGUUCUCAUCAAGCACGGGUCUUCCACAUAACCCCCAGUAAAACCAUGAGUUGUAAUUUUUACCCUUUGGUUUUUGAACGGAUUAAAUAGAUAAGAAAUAGACAAGACACCUUUAGAGGUGCAGGUAAUGUAAGUGGAUUUACCUUUUUACAGAGCCAGGCUGGCUGUUUUCCUGCUUCCAGUCUCAAUGCUGAGCUACACUAACAGUGUCCUGGCAAUAUAGUCAAUAAGUGUAUUUCCUAAAACGUCAAACAAUUUCUCAAAAUCAAGUUCAAAUCCUAAACAUGAAGAUCUAAAAAGGCAUGAUCUCCUUGCCAAAUAUAAUUUCAGUUCAAAUUAACGUCAUAGUAACAUAUUCGUUUGAUUUAUGCCUAUGAUUGAUACUUUUUGUAUGUUUUUCCUCUGUUUCUCUCACAACACUCAUUUUACUACAUGACAUUUAGGACAACAUAUGUUGGAUAAAUAUGACCGAAAUACACUGACUGUGUUGAGGGUCAUUGAUUUUUAUCUUAGCAUAGAGGCUAACUUCUUUGGUAGUAGCUUAAAGCGAUACUCCACCCAAAAUAUGGCCUUUUGUGAUUAAACACUCAACACCUUCCUAGAACACCAAACCACUCCUGUAACUUAAUCCACUUCACAACUGUAUAUUUAGAUCUACACAGUCAUUGUAUCACCUAAAUAUGACUAAGUGCAUUGCUUUCUGUUUGACACUGGCCAAAACACUCAAGCAACAUACAGAAGCUUAAUAACAAAAUUUUGUAUCUUUGGGCUUGGCAAGGGUACCAAAAGGCUAAAGUAUAAGUGAAGUGAAGGAUGUUAAAGUCAAAGUUCCAAGUUAAAUUAGCAUGCUAGCUUGCCAGCUCUGUUUCCAAGAUAAAGUUUCUUUUAGCACCUUUGUGUCCUGCAAAACAUGAGGUUUUGUGAGAGUGAAACUUUAUAAGAAAUUUUGUUUAAAAAAAAUCUGCUGUCUGCAGGUCUGCUCUGCACGUUGGACUCCAGUAUAAUACAUUAGCUUUUAUAGACCAAGCUGAAAUAAAUCUCUUUUUUCUUUUUAA